AUGGUCAAGGUAGCGAUUGUUGGAGGUUCGGGUAGUGUUGCGAAGGAGGUGGUCGAUGCUUUGGUCGCUACUGGCAAGCAUAGCAUUGUGUUGCUGUCAAGACAAGCAGCCCCCGAAGCUGGCCUCGAGCCUGCACAGGAAUGGAUUCAAGUGGACUACACGGAUAUGUCUCAGCUCGUGAAAGCACCGCAAGGCGUCCACACGCUGCUAUCCUUCAUCACAACGCAGUCAGAUCCUGGCAACACGACCCAGAUCAACCUUAUCAAUGCUUCUGUACAGGCUGGAGGAGGCGCUACACUUGGAAAUUAUGAGAGCGAAGCCAAUGCUCUCCUGAUGUCAGUCAAGCGAUUUGCACCGAGCGAAUGGGCAACAUCCAGCUUUGAGCACCUGCCUGUGUAUGCUGGCAAAGCUGAAAUCUGGACAUACUUGGCGGAACUAAACAAGGACAAGAAAGUGCUGGAGUACUGCCUCUUCCAGCCAGGUCUGUUCACGAAUUACUUCGCUCAUCCUCAUCAGACUGCGAUGCACUUCCGGUCCUUCGAGACGCACAUUGACUUCGAACAUCGGCGUGCUCUCGCUGUCGAAGGCGGUGACAAUGAUCGAGUGACCCUCACCACAGUGCAAGACAUGGCACAGGUCGUUGCCAGAGCUGUCGAGUAUGAAGGGGGGUGGCCUGUCAACGGCGGUAUCAAGGGCACCGAGCUUCCAGUCAAAGAACUUCUUGCAAUAGGCGAGCGGGUCCGUGGCUCAGCGUUUGCCAUCGAAAGGAUGAGCCGCGAAGAUCUCGAAUUCGGCAAUGUGCACUGCUCCUGGCUGCCUAUCGUCAAUCAUCCAGGAAUGCCAAACCCAGAAGCCAUGGCCGCCAUGAUGACUACCAGCAUGAUUCUGGCGAUCUCAGCCGGCGCUCUCAAUGUCAGCGACGAGUGGAACCGACUGCUGCCCGACUACCACUUCACACAAGCUGAGGACUUCUUGACAGCUGUUUGGAAAGACAUACCAUAG